GGUUUGGAUUUUGUUGGUUUUUGAGUUGGGGGUGUGUUGGGAUGGAGGAAAAAUAUGAGCCAUUGAAAGAAUUUGGUUCUGGGAAUUUUGGAGUGGCAAGAUUGGUGAGGGAUAAGAAGACAAAGGAGCUUCUAGCAGUCAAAUACAUAGAAAGAGGGAAGAAGAUCGAUGAAAAUGUUCAGAGGGAAAUCAUAAAUCACAGAUCAUUGAGGCAUCCCAACAUUGUUAGGUUCAAGGAGGUAUUGUUGACACCGACACAUUUAGCUAUAGUCAUGGAAUAUGCUGCCGGUGGUGAGCUUUUUGCAAGGAUAUGCAGCGCUGGUCGAUUUAGUGAAGAUGAGGGGCGGUUUUUCUUUCAGCAGCUAAUAUCCGGAGUUCGUUACUGUCAUUCAAUGGAAAUUUGUCACAGGGACCUGAAACUGGAAAACACUCUCUUGGAUGGAAGUCCAACUCCGCGGCUUAAAAUAUGCGACUUUGGUUAUUCUAAGUCGGCCUUGUUGCACUCGCAACCAAAAUCAACUGUGGGAACGCCAGCAUACAUUGCCCCAGAAGUCCUGUCACGAAAAGAGUAUGAUGGGAAGAUUGCAGAUGUUUGGUCCUGUGGUGUGACACUAUACGUGAUGUUGGUUGGAGCAUACCCUUUUGAGGAUCCUGAUGAUCCUAGAAAUUUCCGGAAGACCAUUGGGAGAAUAAUGAGUGUUCAGUACUCCAUUCCCGAUUACGUACGUGUUUCUGCAGACUGUAGGCACCUCCUUUCUCAUAUAUUUGUUGCAAAUCCCUCAAAGAGAAUCACCAUCCCAGAGAUAAAAAAACACCCUUGGUUUAUGAAAAACAUGCCGAAAGAGCUAAUUGAAGGCGAGAAAACAAAUUAUGAGGCAGCUGGAUGCGACCAACUGCUUCAGAGUGUGGAAGAAAUAAUGCGGAUCAUUCAAGAAGCAAAGACCCCCGGCGAAGGAUCCAAAUUAGUUGACGGGCAAGCCACAGGUGCUGGAUCAUCAGGUCCUGACGAUAUCGAAGCCGACUUGGAUUCUGAAGUUGACAACAGUGGGGAAUAUCUCACCCCUUUUUGAGCAUUGACCUUGUAAUAAUAAGUGCUUUCACAAAGUUUGAUUUUUCAAGCCUUUUUGUUUGUUGUUCAAGUGAAGAUUUAUAAUUUGUAUUAAUGAGUCUGUACUGUACAGAACACAAUAAUAUGGAAUAAAUACAAGAUACAAGUAAUUUAUAAGCUGAAUUUGAAAAAUUGCAGU